CACACACACACACACACACACACACAAGAGUCAUGAUGGUGAUUUGACUGAAUUCAGCGCGCGAGGAGGUUCAGCUCAUCCACGUUGCGCACAACCUGCCGUAUGGCAACUGAGCACGAGGCCGUUUGAGUGCAAUGACGCCAACAAGGGGCGCAUUCUGUUUGACGACGAGCACACACGCGUGGUGAUGUGCGACGGCUCGGAGUUUGUGUCCAUCACCACGCGUGGGUGCGAGGCGCAGGACCGCGGCCACAGCCAGGACUGCGCGGCGCCGUCGUGUGCGAGCAUCAAGAAGGUUUCACCGGAUGCGUCGUCCGGUAUGUACUACGUCGGGACAGUGGAGCCCGUGCCGCUGGUCUACUGCGACAUGCGCAACAAGAUCAGCCGCGGUGGAAACGGCACGCGCAGCAACCCUGGGUCAGACUGCUUCACCCUCAAGUCGCUGUUCAACAUGCCCACGGGCACAUACUGGCUGGACACGCCAACGGGCCUGGUGCAGGCAUACUGCGACAUGGACACAGACGGCGGUGGCUGGCAGCUGGUGUGGCUGCACGAGUACCUGCACACGCUCAGCCCUGGUGGUGACAUGGCAUUCUACAGCCAGGCAUCGCAGCCGUGCACGGGCCUGGACCUGUCGUGGUGCAACACGCCGUCCAAGACGCAGCAGCGCGCGGUGGAGCAGAUGACGGCUGCCUACCACAACGGCGCACUUCAGUACGCGUACAAGGCGCACUUCAACGGCCUGCUCGACACGGACUAUCUUGGCGGCAUCCUGCACUCGCCCAGCACGAAACUUGUGGACAGGUGCACCUCCGGGAAUGGCAUUCCACCCGAGCCCGUCUCUCCAGAUCAGACCGAUUACGCAAUUGGUGGCAUCACCUUUGACAAGGCAAACGCCCAGAAGUACAAUGGCAACUGCGACACGGACCGGUACCGCCAGAGCAGCGGCCAGGACUGCCGCUGGGAAAACUGCGCCCCGCCAACCGGAAACCACAACCAGAUGACGCUUGCCAUCUUCAUCCGUUGAUCCUCUUUGUUCUUCCCCCCCCCCCCUCUGCCUUUCUCCUUGCUUGUCUUUUGUUGGGGUUCCUUCCUCACUGCUUGUGGCCUCGUUCCCCCUCCCCUUCCCCUCUCCUUCUCCUUUCCCCCCUUUCACCCCUCUUCCUCCUUUUUCAACUUUUCUGCCCUCGUGCUUUGAAACACGCACGGCCGCGUGUCGUUUGCUGUUGCCUGCAGCUACGUUUGUUUCUCACGCAUGGUUUUCCUAUGCUGACAACCUGUUGUUUUUGCUUGCUUGUUGCUUGCUUGCCACUUUCCGUGAUUGACCAUGCGUGUUGUUUUGUUGUUGUUUUGACUGCACGCUGUGCCCCCAUCACCUGUUUCCGUUAUCCAUCCCCGAUGGCCUUGCUUCUUCGUUUGCGUGCCGUGCAUGGCUGACUCCCCCCCCCCC